AUGGGGGAGGGGCUGGGCUGGAGUGGGCGUGGCCUGACGUGGGCGUGGCCAGGUGAGCACCACCUGCGGAUCCGCCCCGUGACCCUGGAGGACGACGAGGUCUUCACCUGCCAGGCGGGGGAGGGGAACGAGACCCGAGCGUCCCGACCGGCGCAGCUCAGCGUGCUGGUCCCUCCCAGCACCCCCGCGCUGGAGCUGCUCGAGGGGGCGGAGCUCCCGCUGCUGGGCGGGGCCGAGGUUCACGUGCGCUGCCACGCCCACGACGCUCGCCCCGCCCCCACCCUGGAGCUGCGCCUCGGCGAGGAGCCCCUGCCCGACGUCUCCUCCCGCGUGUUCGAGGGGUCCCACCCCAAACUGAGCUCCAGCGAGGCCACGGCCAGGCUGAGCCCCGGCCCCGCUCUCCAGGGGCGGCUCCUGCUCUGCUCGGCCUCCAACCGUCGGGCGGCGCCAAGCACGGACGGGCUCCCCCUGGCGGGGGCGUGGUCAGAAGACGAGGGGGGCGUGGCCAGGGCGCGGCUCGUGCUCCGCCCCGCCCCCGAGGACGAUGGCGCCAUCCUGCGGUGCCGCGCCGUGACGUCACUUCCGGGGGGCGGGGGCAGCGCCAGCGUCAAACUGCGAGUGGCGUCCCCCCGCAGCGAGGGAGCCACUCCAGGGGGCGGAGCUUAUUCCAACGUGACGCUGCGGGGGCGGGGCCAGGACCACGGGGCGGCGCUGGUGUGCGAGGCCGAGACCCCCGGGGUGGGGACGCGGAGCGUGAGCGUGGCGGUCAGCGUGAGCCACCCGCCCCAGGCUCUCUGGGUGGAGGCCCCGCCCCCCAACACCACCUUCCGGGUGGGGGAGGGGCUGCGGCUGCUGUGCCACGCCCGGGGGGGGCACCCGGCCCCCAAACUCACCUGGAGCAAGGACGGCCGCCCCCUCCCGGAAGCCCCGCCCCAGAGCCGCUCGGGUCACGUGACCUCGCGCGCGCUGCACGUGACGCUCGCGCCCGCCGACAACGGCGCCGACUUCCGGUGCGAGGCCCCGCCCACCCGCCAGGGCGCCCCGCCCACCCGGAGCGCCCCCGUGCGGCUGAACGUGAUGUUUCCAGCCCAGUCCGUCUCCAUCUCGGUGUCCCCUCGGGAGCCCCCCCCCGGCCACGCCCUCUCGGUCACGUGCCGCGCUGGCCCCGCCCACCCGGCCCCGGAGCUCACCUGGAUCCGGCCCGGCCACGCCCCCGCCCCCCACGGCGGGGUCACGGCGGGGUCACGGCUGCUGCUGCAGGGGGCGCUCGAGCUCCAGGAUCAGCCAAUCACGUGCCGGGCCUGGAGCGCGCGGCUGGGCGUGGCCGUCAGCUCCGCCCACGUCCUGCGCAUGCGCCGUAUGGUGUAUGUCGUACGGUCGCACGGUUGUUACUGCACUGGGAGGGCACUGGGGCGUUACUGGGAGCUCUACAAUAUCUCUGGGUGGGCGUGGCCUCUCGCUGACCCCGCCCUUCCCCCCCGCGUGGCCCCGCCCCCAGAGGGCUCCCCGCGCUUCCGGCUCGCGCCGGGGGGCGCGCUCGUCAUCGCCAACGUCACGCGCGGCGACAGCGCCGCCUACCGGGCGUGGUGCGUCAACGCCGAGGGCGGGGCCGGCGCUGACGUCACGCUGCUGGUCCAGGUGCCCCCCCGCAUCGUGCGCGCCCCCGACCCGGUGGUGGUGGACGAGGGGGGGGAGGGGCAGCUGCUCUGCGAGGCCCAGGGCAGCCCCCUCCCCCCGGGCAGCGUGCGGUGGGCGCGCCUGGGUGACUCGGGGUCCCCCCUGGAUCUCCCCGCGGGGCUGGAGCCGCUGCCGGGGGGUCCCGGGGGCGCCCUGAGGGUCUCGGGGGCGCGGCGGGACCUGGGGGCGCCCUACGAGUGCCGGGUGGACUCGGGGGUGCCGCCCCCCGCCCGCGCCAUCGUCCGGCUGCUCGUCACGUAUGGUCCCGAGAUGGAGGCGGAGCCAGAGGAGGGGGCGGAGCCAGGGGUGGUGCUGGUGCCUGAGGGGGCGGAGUCAGCGACGCUGCGGUGCCGAGCCCGGGGAGUGCCGGGGGUGGAGCUAAAGUGGGAGAGCAAUGGGCGGAGCCUGAGAACUGGGGAGCCGGGUUCUCCCUUCCGGGAGCUGCAGUGGCGCGAGGGGCCCUGGACCAGCUCCGUGCUCAGCGUCGCCAACGUCACCGCGGCGCGGGCGCUCCUGCGCCGCCGCUUCCUGCGCGCCCCCGCCCGCCCGCCCGGCCCGCCCGCUACGCUAUCACGGCGCCCAGCGCCCGCCGACCGGGGGCACUGGGAGCACUGGGAGCACUGGGAGCACUGGGAGCACUGGGAGCGCUGGGACGCGGCCAACGGCACCGUGGGCGCCUUCGACUGCGUGGCCACCAACAAGAGGGGAACGGCCAGGAGGAGGCUGAGGCUGCGGCUGGGCGACCGCCCGGACCCGCCGCGGGCCCUGCGGCUCUCGGGGCUCUCGGGGACCUCGCUGAGCCUGGCCUGGGAGCCCGGCUGGGACGGGGGCCUGCCCCAGCACUUCCUGCUCCGCGCGGACGGGCCGGACGCCCCUCCCCCACCCGCCCAUCUCGUCACUUCCGGUUUCUCCCUCACGCUGGGCGGGCUCCGCCCGGACACGCCCUAUGACGUCACCGUGCGCGCACGCAACGCCCGAGGGGAGAGCGCCCCCGUGAGGCUACGAGCCGUCACUUCCGCCGUUCCCGAGGCCCCGCCCCCGGUGUGGGCGGGACCGGAAGCGCCUCCCGGGGGCGGGGAGGACCCGGCCGUGCCCGUCCUGCAGGGGGCGCUCGGCGCCAUGGCCGGGACCCUCCUGGCGGCCCUGGGGGCGGGGCUUGGCUGCUGCUACUUCCGGUGGGGGCGGGGCCGCCGAGCGGGAGCAGAAAGGGAGGAGACGCCCAGCUCCCAAGGCUCCCGGGCCCCGCCCAGCUCUGGCUCCGCCCCCUGGGACCCUCCCAAGGGGGCGGAGCCUCACCUGUACGAGGAGGUGGAGCCGUGGGGGGGCUACGAGGAGGUGCCCCCGGAGCCGCUCGUGACCCCCCAGGGAGAGCUGGUCUGAGGGGGCGGGGCCUCGGCCAGAGCCACGCCCACAAAUAAACCACGGCCACAAAAUAAACCACGGCCACAAAUAAACC